ACCUAGGAAAAAUGGCAUAGAUAGAGAUUGGCGGCUAAAGGUGAUGGAAGGUAUACACAACCAUGAACCAGCUAGGUCACUACUUGGGCACAAUUUUGUUGGUCGUCUAAAACCCGGAGAGAAGGAGCAAGUGGGAAAAAUGACAAGGAGUUGGGUUCCACCGAGAAAGAUGUUGUUGACUUUGAAGGAAAACAAUCCUUCAAACUUGACUACCAUAUCUCAGAUUUAUGGUGUUUGCAAGAGGUUAAGAAAAUCCCUCCGCGGGGGAUUGACAGAAAUGCAACACUUGUUGAAGAAGUUGGACGGUGACAAGUAUGUCCACUUUGAAAGACAUGAGCCUGGAUCGGAAGUCAUUAGGGAUGUAUUUUGGGCUCAUCCAAAUGCUAUCAAACUGUUCAACACAUUUCCAUAUGUAGUGAUUAUGGAUUGCACAUACAAGACAAACAAAUAUGCAAUUCCCUUGCUUGAGAUUGUUGGACUGACUUCCACAGAUAAGACAUACUCCAUAGCCUUUUGCUACAUUGUUAAUGAGGGCACAGAUGACUACGUUUGGGCACUGGAGUGUAUGAAGUCUCUAUUAGCUGAUCAAGCCAUGUUGCCUAAGGUGAUUGUUACUGACAGGGAUCUUGCCUUAUUGAGUGCUGCUAAGCAAAGCCUUUCUAACACUACACAUUUAUUAUGCUUGUGGCACAUCAACAAGUGUGUUUUGGCAAAGUGCAAACUCUAUGUUGGCACAGAUGAUUUUGCUGAGUUGGUUAUGAUGAAGUGGGCAGAGGUGGUGGAUGCUGCAACAGUUGAAGAAUUUGAAGUGAAAUGGAUGCAAUUGUUUAAUAUGUGCAAGGCAAAAUACAGCAACUUUACCUCCUAUUGUUCUACUACAUGGUUGGUUCACAAGGAGAAAUUCGCCAAGGCAUGGACAAAUCAUGUGAUGCACUUUGGAACAACAACAAGUAACAGGGCUGAGGGUGCACAUGCCAGUUUGAAGAAGAUGUUACGGGAUUGCAAGGGUGACCUGGCCACUUCAUGGGAUGCGUCGCAUAGUUUGACAUGUAAUCGACAUACUGAAAUAUUAGCAUCGUUUGAGCGCAGUAUUCACAGAAUUGAUGGAAUCUGCCACUCCGCUGGGCACAAUCACAACGAAUGUUGA